UAUCUUCAAUAAUCCUUCCACAGAGACUUAAGUGGUAUUAAUUCAUUGAAACACACGAUUCUAAAUUCGUUCUCGUCCCACUCGGAAGAGGUGAAAUCCGCGGCCAGUUAUACAUUGGGCAACAUCGCAAUUGGGAAUCUUCCUGAAUACCUGCCUUUCAUACUUCAGGAGAUUGAGGCGCAACCCAAGCGUCAAUAUCUGCUUUUGCAUUCGUUGAAGGAGAUCAUUACGAGUCAAUCAGCCAGUCCGUCUGGCGUGUCGCACUUGCAGAAUUUCGUGCCUUCGAUUUGGAUGCUCUUGUAUAGGCAUUGCGAAUGCACGGAAGAAGGUACUCGCAACGUCGUGGCCGAAUGCCUCGGUAAAUUGACGUUAAUCGAUCCCGCCACUCUAUUACCAAGACUGCAAGAAUCGCUCAAAUCGCCGUCAGCCCUCAUGAGAACAACGACAGUCACGGCGGUUAAAUUUACCAUUUCCGAUCAGCCACAACCAAUCGAUGUCAUGUUGAAGCAAUGUAUGGGUAAUUUCCUGGUCGCUUUGGAGGAUCCUGAUCUUAACGUGCGUAGAGUAGCAUUAGUCGCAUUUAAUUCUGCUGCGCACAAUAAACCUAUGCUGAUAAGGGACCUUUUGGACGCGGUGCUGCCGCAUCUUUACGUGGAAACUAAGAUCAAG